AUGUUCUUGAUCUGUUCUGCCUUCGCUAUACUUUUUUACGUUUCUAGUACUAAAUCUUUUCCAUUCACUGCUCAUAUCGUUAGCUUAUUUGUAGCCGAUUCCGAUCUACCAUAUACCUUGGAAUUAGUUCAACCCGCUAUAUCUAUAGCAGUGGAAAAAGUAAGUCAGAUAUAUCCUAACAUCAUUUGGAAAGCCAGAUAUCGGAAUAGUUCUUCUAGAUGCGUACAAAAUUAUGCUGGGGUAUACGCGGCCGAAGAAUAUUAUUUAAAUUCGGUGAAUGCUUUUAUGGGCCCGGCUUGUACUUUGGCUCUGGAUCCGGUUGCUAGAAUGGCUUCUUAUUGGAAUGUUCCUCUCUACACCGCCGGUAGCAUCGAUGAUAAUUUUUCAAACAAAGAAGUAUUCUCUACUUUAACCAGACUUUCUUUCUCUGCAAAAGGAAUGAGCAUAUUUAUAUUGCAAAUUUUGAAAAGAUUUGAAUGGCACCACGUGGCACUCAUCGUAGAGGAAGCAGUUAAUUGGUGUCGAUUAAUUAAACAGAGUUUGAUGUAUACUUUCGAAAACGACAAAGCUUAUGAUGUCUACGUGGAUUUACACGAAUUUUCUCUCUCUAAACGAAGAAAAAAUUUUACUAAUAUACUAAAAGCAGCGAGCAAAGAAGCAAGAAUAUUUUUCCUGAUAUCAAAUGGAGAUACAGUAAGAAGUUUUUUAUUAAGUGCUUUCGAUUUAGAAAUGGGAAAUGGAGAUUACGUCUUCAUUAGUGUAGAAUUUUUUAAGAACAAACCGGCCUUUGGAGACUUUUCUUGGUAUAGGGAAGGAGACUCUAGAAACGAGGAUGCAAAAAAGAUUUAUGAAGCAUUCCUCUUAGUUUCUGCCAAAGUUCCCACGACAGAAAAAUAUAAGAAGUUUGCUGAAGAAGUGGUUUUACGAUCCAGAAUUGAAUUCAACACAUCGUUUCAAACAGAAGAUGUAAAUGUUAUUGUAGCCGAUUUUCACGACUGUGUUCUCCUCUUCGCUUCUGCUCUCAAUCAGACUCUAGGUGAUUCAGAUGAUCCUUUUGAUGGACGAACUGUGAUUAGAAAAAUGUGGAAUAGAACCUUUUAUGGCGGAAUCGCGGAAGAGAUUCAUAUCAACAGAAACGGAGAUCGAGAAGCUGAUUAUACUUUAUAUGAUUUAGACGUAAAAAGUGGAAAAAUGAAGGCUGUCAUACACUAUUAUGGAAUCCAGCAAAUACUGAUACCGAUACAAUCGCGCUUUAUUUCUUGGCCAAAUGGACAAAACACGCCUCCUCUAGACGUACCCAUCUGUGGAUUUAUUGGAAACGAUCCGGAAUGUCAAUUAAACGAACCGUUUUCAAUUUUGGGAAUUUUAGGAGUCGUCGCUAUUGCCAUUGUUGUUAUCGGUUUACUGUUAUACAGAAGAAUGAAACUCGAAUCCGAUUUAACAAGCAUGUGGUGGAAGGUCAAAUGGAACGAAAUAGUAUUUUCUCACUCCAGUACUAAGUCUUCGACAAGUAUAAAUGUCGAAGAAAUCACUCAGAAAGAUGACGUUAGUGGAAGCGUAGAAAUUCUUAAUUAUAAAAAAACAAUGUCCGUUGGAUAUUUUAAGGGAAUGAAAGUUGCGGUUAAGCCAUUAAACAUCCGAAAAUUGCACAUAACUAGGAAUCUUCUCCUCGAAUUUAAACAGCUUCGUGACGUAACACACGAGAAUUUGAUACGUUUUAUCGGUUUUUGCUCGGACGAACCUAACAUUGCUCUUAUAACUGAAUUUAGUCCAAGAGGAAGUUUACGAGAAUUGUUAUCGAACGAAGGAAUUAAAAUCGAUUGGCCUUUCAGAUUUUCCCUGAUAAGUGACAUUAUCGAGGGGAUGAUAUACUUACACCAAAGUCCUGUGACGUAUCAUGGACGUUUAAAAUCCACCAAUUGUGUCAUUGAUGGAAGGUUUGUAGUCAAACUGACAGAUUUUGGUCUCCGAACAUUAUUGGAUCAACUUUUACCGAAUACUUAUAUUGAUCCGAGACUUCUGUUAUGGACAGCGCCAGAACAUUUAAGAGAACAGCGAUCAGAAAUGAAAGGAUCUCAGAAAGGAGACGUAUAUAGUUUUGGUAUUGUAUUGAGAGAAAUCAUUACUAGACUAGGUCCUUUUCAGAAAAUAGCAACUUCCAAGAAGCGAUAUUCCACCUUACAGCCUCAAGAAGUUUUAGAUUGUAUAAAAAGUGUUAGUGAUCCUCCUUUUCGACCUAACGUCUCUCCUGAUGAAUGUCCUCCCGAGCUGUUAGAACUUCUGCAUCAAUGCUGGGAAGAGGAUCCAACAGAUCGUCCUACUUUCUCCGUCAUCAAACAACAAACAAAGAAAUUAACAAAACUUAUGGGAAGCAGUAAUUUUCUCGAUAAUUUAUUAUCAAGAAUGGAACAAUAUGCUAAUAACUUAGAGCAAUUAGUUGAAGAGAAAACAGAAGCUUUUUUAGAAGAGAAAAAGAAAAGCGAAGAAUUAUUAUAUGAAGUAUUACCGAGAUAUGUAGCAGAGCAAUUGAAGGCGGGCCAUCACGUUCGACCAGAAAAUUUUGCUUGUGUAACAAUCUUCUUCAGUGAUAUCGUUGGAUUCACUAAUCUUUCGGCAGAAAGCACGCCCAUGGAUAUAGUGGAUCUUUUGAACGAACUUUAUACUUAUUUCGAUGCAAUUAUCGGAAAUUACGACGUUUAUAAAGUAGAAACAAUAGGCGAUGCAUACAUGGUAGUUUCGGGUUUACCCGAAAGAAACGGAAACGAACACGCAAGACAAAUUGCUCGAAUGUCAUUGUCUUUGAGAAGCGCCAUUAAACAAUUCAAAAUCCGCCAUAAACCCGAACGUAAACUACAACUUCGAAUUGGAAUACAUUCAGGACCGUGUGCUGCUGGUGUUGUGGGUAAGAAAAUGCCAAGAUAUUGUCUCUUCGGAGACACCGUCAACACAGCUUCUAGAAUGGAAACAAGUGGAGAAGCCAUGAAAAUUCAUAUUAGUUAUCAAACCAAGAAUAUUUUAGACCAUUUCCAUUCGUUUAACAUAACUUUGAGAGGAGAUAUAGAAGUAAAGAAAGAUGACGUUAGUGGAAGCGUAGAAAUUCUUAAUUAUAAAAAAACAAUGUCCGUUGGAUAUUUUAAGGGAAUGAAAGUUGCGGUUAAGCCAUUAAACAUCCGAAAAUUGCACAUAACUAGGAAUCUUCUCCUCGAAUUUAAACAGCUUCGUGACGUAACACACGAGAAUUUGAUACGUUUUAUCGGUUUUUGCUCGGACGAACCUAACAUUGCUCUUAUAACUGAAUUUAGUCCAAGAGGAAGUUUACGAGAAUUGUUAUCGAACGAAGGAAUUAAAAUCGAUUGGCCUUUCAGAUUUUCCCUGAUAAGUGACAUUAUCGAGGUAAGAAAUCUUUAAAAUUAAUGGCGAAAGAGGCGAUUGAUUGGGACCUCCCAACCAAUAGGAUGCCCC